AUGGCCAUCGCGGGAUGGGCUUCCCCGCUAGCUGUCAGGGAGCUGAGCAAGGAGUUGCUCCUUUCUCCUCCACCUCUGGUCCAUCGUAUCGUUGACCCCGAACUCCCCUCAAAAUCGCUUCUCUCGCUGUGGGACCUCCGUCCUGAUACAGCCCGGCUAUUCCAUCAUCCUGCCUCGGCUCACCAAUCCCAGCCACAAAUCAGUCACACCAACUGCGCAAAAGAUAUCUUGGCACCCCAGUAUCGCGACGGGCGGUGUUGUGAUGAUGUUGGUUGUGUCGUUACUACUGGACCCAGGGAUGUGACAUCACCUAGGCCUCACGUAUAUAACCCAUUCCUUCCCACCAUUCCCACUCACUGGAUAACACUCACAGCGAUGUUCCCUACAAGAAUUCCUCGAGCAGCAGCUACUGGCUUUGGUGGAACCAAUAUGCCAAGGUUUAUGAUGAACCAGCCCAAGAACAACAGCGUGAUUAUGGGCGUCGCAGGCUUGAUGGGUCUCACAGGCUUGCUAUACUGGUGGGGCUACCAUGACAUGGAUCUUCGGCAUCCAGUAACGGCAGAAGCCGUCGAAUCACCAACUUCGAAGACUUAG